UUCAUUUAUUUUGUUUCAAUUUAGGAGUGGUAAAGAAUCACUCAUGAAAGUAUUGGACAAAUUGAAGAGUGAGAGUAAAUUGUAUUUUGGUCAAGUGAAAAGAAAUACAACACAAACUGGAGGAGGGCCAUCGAUCAUAAAAUUUGACCCCGUGCUGGAACAAGUGUGUUCGUGGCUGCACUGGCAUCAUUGGUAUAUAUGAUUGUGAUGCUGACACUGGUACUGAAGUAUUUGAGACACCAAAGGUCAUAUGCAUUCAAGAUGACAGUAAUAUAUGAAAGACAUUUGAGGAUGUGGAUUUAGAAAUAAAAAUGGACAACUGUCAGGAUUUCACUGAUACUCCUGUCGUGAUUUCUUAUUUUUGUUAGUAUUUUUAAUAAUUAUACUGGCAACUCCAAUAAAAUUCAGUAGUAAUUACAUUUAUAAUAAUGGCAAUACAAACUAUCACAAUGACAUGACAUGACAGAUGUACUGAAAUCUACCAAUCACAGACUGACGUAUUCUCUAAAACAACCAAUCGAGAAUAAUUAGAUUCUGAUUUUUGGAGGGAAAGUUGUUGUCAAAAGAUUAGAGAUGGUGCGACGUGAUAAAAGUUUUCUAGCCCUCUUUUAGCUCGAUUAUUGGAGUCAUUAGAAAUUGUGUACAGUUAUAAAUCGAAUGUUUUGCUUUUGUAUAUAAGGCGUCGUAAAUAUUGUGCAAUUGUAGAAAAUGUAUUGACAUUAAAUGUAUUGAGUGCAUCUCUUGCGUAUCUUUGAUAAUCUUCGUAAUUGUAUCGUUUGAUAUGGUAUAUCCGUAGUAAAACCCACCUACGUUUGAGUAUGUAUGUGUUACACUGUUUAUAGAUCCCUAGCUUUGGAAUUCGCAAAACUCCAAAAGAAAUUUUGACCGAAGAAAGUGAAGUAAGUUGAAAAUUCUUAUUGUUGGUGUAGACUUUUCUAUAUCAUCAUAGUUCCAUAUAAAAUUAUAAUAAUAUUUUCACACUAGCAUUUGCCUACAAAUUGGUGUGGAUGUAUAAUACUAGCUGUGACACACAGCUCCAAAUAUACUUUAAAAAGUAGCCUAUACUACUCCUGAAGGUUUAUUUUUUAUAUGUGCCAAAUAUCAUCAUAAUCGGUCACAUAGUUUUUGAGUUUAUUCAUUACAAACAUACAAAAAUACAUUUUUUUUUCUUUUAUUAAUAGUGUGGAUAAGCAGCUUAUACUAUAUAGAAUUAUAGCUACAUAUAAAUAAACUGUAUAGCUGAUCCCUGAAGCAUUAUUUAUUAAUGAAUAAUGCUGCAUUCAUAUUUUAUUUUUCAGGCGCCAAAAUAUUUCCACGAGUCCCAGAUUAAAAAAAACCCAUUGUGGUCACGGAGACGGCCACAUAUAUCAAAUUGUAAUGAGCGGACUGAAGCUUCGACUUUAGUUUCUUCAAGUAUAAGAGAUGUAUAUAAAAAAAAGAAAAUAUUGAGGAUUUAAAAGAACAAUUGUUGAGGGAGGAGUUACAUUUAAAAAAAAACGCGUGUCAAACUAAAAACUAAACGCAGCUCGGGGAAGGUACGCGGGGAAGGUGCGUCCCGCGCACGCAUCCGCCCAGCGACGCGGCCGCAGCUCGCUCUCCCAGACAGAGCCCAUCAAGCCGUCGCGUCGGCGCAUGUACGCGUUACGUCUGAUAUUGUAUUUAUAUUAACUAUAUUGUAUUUAUAUUAACUACUGAAGUAUUUACAGGAUUAGAACAAAAAUUUUAAAAAAGAUGGCCUUGUCUGUCCCGCAACCCCGCAACGCACCACCACCCCGCCCCAGUCUUAUUCGCGACGCCGACGCACAGCGGAUGUAAAGGUUUCGCUCGCUCCGUUCGCUCUGCCCGAUCAGUGUUGUUUAAGUUGCGUAUCACAAUCAAAUCACGAAAAUGACUGAAGCGUAUACCAACCACGAGUUGGUGGAAAUGGUGCGCUUGUAUGCCAUAUGUGGUGACAGUUUGCGGCAAGCCGUGAAUAUGUUUGCGGAAAUGUUUCCAAAUCAAAGGAGGCCGACCCGCCAGGUUAUGCUUGCGGCCACACAGCGAUUGAGAGACUUUCGUCAGUUUGACGUCCCAAGACACGCGCAAGCUCGAGGCAGUGUAGGGCUUACUGUAGAGUUGCAGGAAUUAAUUCUAGACUACUUCGAAGUAGAGCCCCGUGCCAGUACCCGUGAGACAGGACGACACUUCCAUGUGAGCCACGUGACAGUGUGGAGACUAUUGAAAAGUGAACAGAAACACCCGUUUCACUUAAGAAAAGUACAAGAUCUGCUCCCACAGGAUAAUAAUGCACGAAUCACAUUAUGUCGCUGGCUGUUAGACAACCGAAACGCCAACAUUUUGUGGACAGACGAAAGUUUGUUCACAAGAGUUGGUGUAUUCAAUAUCCAUAAUGAGCACUGGUGGAAUCGGGAUGAAAACCCCAGAAAGAUAAAAAGACACUCUUUUCAACACCGAUUUGGUUUAAAUGUCUGGGCUGGCAUAAUAGACGGCCAUUAAAACUCGGACCUUAUUUUAUUGAGGGCCAUCUUACCGGCUCAACGUACCUGGAGUUGCUGGAUCACGUUAUAAACGAGAUGCUGGAUGACGUUCCUCUCGCUUCCCUGCAAAACUUUUAUUAUCAACAGGAUGGUGCUCCUCCACAUUUUGCAAUCCAAGUGCGUGAAUACCUGACCCGCAAGUUCGGUAAUAACUGGAUCGGGCGUGAAGGUCCAGUAAACUGGCCAGCACGGGCCCCAGACCUAACUCCAUUAGAUUAUUAUUUGUGGGGUGAUGUUAAACGUUUGGUGUACACUGAAGAAAUCAACAGUGUUGAAGUGUUACGCGAACGAAUUGUUUCAGCAUUCGAUAAACUGAAACAGGAUUUGUACGUUUUACGAAAACUAAAACGAAAUUCUUUACGCCGUGCAAGACUGUGCAUUCGUGAAAAAAGUGAGCACUUCGAACAAUUACUUAGAAAGAUUUUUUUUACUUAGAUUAAUUUAGUGUUGUAAAUAGAUGAAUCAAUUGUAAAUAGGAUGAUUUCAGCUUUUUAACUACGCCAAAAAUACCUAAUUUAUCAAAACAAAAAUAAGUUUUAACUUUUUGAUCUCUGAAGAAAUGAGGGAUAAUGUAAUAAAAAAAUAAAACUAAUUAAUUAAAAAUAGGUAUUUCUGUCGGUCCUAAGCCCGUAAGGCCUCCUACGCACUGGCGACCAUGGUCGCCGCGACCUGGUCGCGGCGGCCAGUGAAUUCUGGACUUUAUAUGGCAAUCGCUAUAGCCCCUACGCACUUAGCGGCCAGCGACUAGCGGCCACCGUUGGCCGCGGCGUCAAAUUUGAUGCCACGCGACCAGCGACCAAUCGUGGUCGUCGAGAACAUCACUUCUGUAUUAAAAUUCAUCAGUGCUACCGCAUCGGCCGCGGCGACCAGACGUGUAGCUAGCUAGCUACAGAGUGAUUAUUUUACAAUGGCCAAUUUCGACACGGAAAGGUUCAUAAUUGAAGUUGAAAAUAGAAGAGGUUUAUGGGAUUUUGCAUCAAAUGAUUACUCCAAUAAAGAUUUUAAGCGGCAGUUGUGGCUUGAAGUGGUCGAUAUAUUUGGCGGUGAAUCCAUGGAAGAUAAAGAAAAGGCAGAACUUGGCAUUACUCUCCAAAAAAGAUGGAAAAACCUUAGAGACUGUUUCACAAGAGAGCUGCGCCGUCUUAAAGAUGUCAAAAGUGGUUCUGCUGCAAAACGUAAAUCACAAUACACCUAUUUCAACCAAUUACUGUUUUUGAAAUCAGUGCUGGACACAAACGCAACAGAAAAUAGUCUCGAAGAGGCAAGUCAAGAAAAUGAAAGUGCAAGAUCUUCUGAUGUUGAGACUCAACAGUCUGCAUCAAAGUCGCUUAGAACAAAAAGGAAGAAAAAAAUGCCAAACGAAGAAUCCGAUACAGACCCUCUAAUUUCAGUUCUGCAUAAGACCAUAGCGACUACACAGAAUGAUUCAAAUUGUGACAGACUGUUUCUUUUAUCCCUCCUCGAAAGAUUUCAAACAAUCCCUGCUGCAAUGAAGACCAAAUCGAAAAUGGAAAUCAUGGAAAUUAUAGAAAAAUACCAACCGAACUGUACACCUACAACAGCGCGCAUAAACUAUUCAAGUAAUUUCAAUACUCGUAACGACCAAGAAUAUGACCCGCAUCGACCGAGUUAUUCAGGUUAUUCUACUACCAACAGGAUAUCAGAUGAUUCAAAUUACAGCGAUACUCAUACUCAUUAUUCUGAUAUUUCUCAAAAUUCAGAAAUGAUAGACCUAUUUCCCAAUUUGGAUGAUUAA